AUGGGCUGCCUGGAGGCAAUGCCAGAGCCUCACAGAAGCCAGAUGCGGCUGCUCACAGAGUGGAUUGAUCAGAACUAUGAUGGCAUCUACGCCGAAGCUGAGAGAAAGUUCGAACGUGGCCACGUAUCCUGGUCAACGAUGCCCUUCUUUGUGCGACCUGGAGAGGUUUUGGUAACGAAGGAUGACAAGGGCAUCCAGGGGUACAUUGCUGAAUCGUGGGCCAUGGAAAAAGCUGCUCCUCAACCAUUUCGAUCGUCCUUGCGAGAGGAACAUCACUUUGCUGGUAGCUGGUCCGUGAAAGCAUGGUCCUACGGAUACGAUGGUCAAUUUUUCCGCCAAAAUACUAUCCUUGACAUCAACCUCGAAUUUGAUGAUAUUCACCGUGACAUUGACAUGGCAGAACUCGCAGAAGGCGAAAGAUACAUGAUCGACUUCGGCACCUAUAAGCAGUUGUACUCGGAGUCGCCCAAAUUCAAGGCCUCGUAUCCGUCUUUGACAAGUACUGACCGCAACGAAAUGUCUGCUUCGGUCAUGAAAUGCGAGACUCCGCCUGAAGGCCCCGAAUUAUUUGUCUUCCCGAGCAAACUCAUUGGCUACAAUCUCAGGCAGAAACAGUGGCGAGACCUUGAGGUGGACCUGGUUCAGGACGUAUGUUGGAACAAACAAGCGUUCGCUCACCUUGUCAUCAACGACGAAACUAUGGACCCCAUCCAGGCUCUAGUCACCAGCAAACUCGAAACUGAAGAGAGAACAGAUCUCAUCCAUGGAAAGGGCAACGGAUUAAUCAUCCUAUUGCACGGGGUUCCCGGUACCGGCAAGACAUUUACUGCCGAGAGUGUCGCCAAAAUAGCUGAAAAGCCUCUUUACCGUGUUACCUGCGGAGAUAUUGGCACUAAACCGGAGGUAGUUGAGAAGUAUCUUGAGUCAGUUCUCUACCUUGAGCAGCGAACUCUCAUGGACCUUGAGCGUAACGCGUUAGUAUCUGUGUUUCUGCGAGUUCUUGAGUACUAUGAAGGCAUAUUGGUCCUAACCUCGAACCGGGUUGGUACGUUUGACGAAGCCUUCAAGUCUCGCAUUCAGCUCUCUCUGCAUUACGAAGCUCUGAGCAAGUCAAAGCGCCGCAUGAUCUGGAGCAACUUUCUCUGCCGGCUGAAGACACUCGAGAGGGACAGCACCAAGAUGAAGCCCAUCGGACAAAGGAAACGGAAGUUUGAAGAGCCCAAAGGCAUCAACUUUGACAACAUUGAGCGUCACCUCGGUGAUCUAGCCGAGCAUGAGAUGAACGGGCGGCAGAUCCGCAACGCCAUCACGACGGCCCGGCAGCUAGCCAAAUUCAAGGGCGAUGAAAUGGAGUACCGGUAUCUAAAGCACGUUAUCGAGACUUCUCGGAAAUUUGACAAGUACUUGGAGAGUGUUCGGGAGAAUUACACAGAUGAUCAGAUUGCACGAGGAGAAGGGUUCCGAUGA